CGGCCGCCGUAGCACGGCCGACUCGAGCCACCGAGGCGCCAUGAAGCCUCCGCCCCGGCGUCGGGCGAUCCCGGCGCGCUACCUGGGCGAAACCACCCGACCCCCGGCCUGGAGCGCCCGCGAGAAGCGGCAGCUGCUCCGCCUCCUGCAGGCGCGGCGGGAACAGCCGGAGCCGGACGCCGCCGACCUGGCCCGGGAGCUGCCCGGCCGGAGCGCGGAGGAGAUCCAGACUUUCAUCGAGCUGCUUAAGAGCCGAGUGGUCCGGGAGGCCAUCAAGAGGCUGCGCCCCGGUAGCCCCCCGCCUGAGGACAGACAGACCCCGGCCCCCAUCGAGGUCUGGCUGGAUCUGGCCGAGAAGCUGAGCGGCCCGCCGCUGGAGGAAGCCCUGUCUACGGCCUUCUCACAGGUGCUCACCAUCGCGGCCACGGAGCCCCUCAGCCUCCUGCACUCCAAGCCCCCCAAAACCACCAAGGCCCGCGAGCCUCAGCUGUUUCUUAGCGCCCCUGCUGGACAGAAAGAAGCCACGGCCCAGACGGAUGGCCCCGCCCCUGGGGUGCCUGGCCCUGCCCCUGAAGCAUGUGGCUCCACCCAUGGAGCUCCAGGCCCCGCCCUCGAGUCCUCUGGCCCCGCCCCUGGAGCUCCAGGCCCUGCCCUAGAGUCCUCUGGCCCCGCCCCCGGAGCUCCAGGCCCCACCCUCAAGUUCUCUGGCCCCACCCCUGGAGCUCCAGGCCCCGCCCUAGAGUCCUCUGGCCCCGCCCCUGGAGCUCCAGGCCCCGCCCCCGAGUCAUCUGGUCCCGCCCUCCCGGGACCCCUCACUGUGGACUUUGAGAAGAUCUAUAAGUACCUGGCCUCUGUCUCCCGUGGCAACCAAGGACCUGAGCUCUCUGCGGCUGAGGCCGCUGUGGUUCUGGACCUGCUGCAGGCUCUUCCCCAGGAGCUGCCCCGCCUGCCCUGCGGGGCCCUGACAGAGCACCUGCUGGAUGCCUACGCCCACCUGACGGCCCCCCAGCCCCACCUGGACAUGGGGAGCCCGGAGCCCGGGAGUGAGGAUGCUGGGGCGCCCUCCCAGGCCCCCGAGGACACGGGGCCCGGGGCGCCCGGGACUGCGUGGCAGGCCACCGGGGUCUGUCCCCUGAACCCUUUCCUCGUGCCCCUGGGGCUCCUAGGACAGGUGGACACCCCUGUGAGGUGAGGGGGCCAUGGUUGCCGCCGCCAGCAGGACCCUGGAAUUCCCACUCAGAAGCAGAAAGGCACAGAGGCUCAGCCUCUGGGGAGCAGCGAGGCUGCUGGGAUCCGCCAUCGUCAUCCACGCCACCCCUCUCCAGCUCCUCUCUGGAGCCGGCGCACCGUGAAUAAAGUUGGCUCCGUCCGCC